AUGGAUUGCUACCUCCGCGUGUACGGGCUGGCCAUCGCCAACAUGGUGUGCGUCGGCGGUACGGGCUUCCUCGUCUACGCGCUCGUGAAGCUCGCGCGGACGCCGCACAGCACUGGCGGCAUCGUGGUGGUGUCCAUCUUCCUCGUCUUCUGGCUGGGCGUCAACGCCAUCAUCUACCCGGCCUUCUGCGGCUCGCUCUUCCCCUGGUCCGCGCUGGGGCGGUGCCUGGAGCCGCCGCUCAGCGCGGUCCUCUGGCUGCUCUGCUUGCCCUGCAGGUGGUGCGCGCGCGCCGCGCGGCGUCGCCUGAUGAGCGGUGGCGGCAACGACGAGGGCGGUGCCUUGCCGCCGCAGUUUAUUGUGCAGAGUCAUCACCAAGGCUACAGCAUCGGCGGCGUGCUUCCCCGGGAGCCACCGGCUGGUAGCAGAGCACGGGUGGCUGCCGACAUCCCGGCGUACGAGCAGCCGGACGGCGAGCGGCCUGACGGCUCGCCGGACUGCGCGGUGUGCCUUGGCGCCGUGGAGAAAGGGGAGAUGGUCAAGCGGCUGCCGGUGUGCCUGCACAAGUUCCACCAGGAGUGCAUUGACCUGUGGCUACGCAACCACUCCACAUGUCCAGUCUGCCGGUGCGACGUAUUCGCACCGCUGCCGGACCAAUUAGUGUGA